CGCCUUUAAACACUCUCUUUUUUUUUGACCUAUUAGUUCACUUCCAGUUUUCCCAGCUUUAAAUCUGAACAUUUCUAAAAAUGAUUUUAUUUAUAACUCUGGAGUGUUUCGCUCAUGGAGUGCAUUUCGUUUACACAAAACAUGGAGUUUUAAGUAUAGAGUAGAUUCUGAUUGUGCAAAACUGAUUGUGCAUCUUCGUUAAAUAGGCGUUUGCUUCUCGUUUAGCUUUUUUGGGCAAAAACACAAAUAAUGAGGUGACCGAGAUCUAUAAGGACUGUGUGUACCAUGGCAACUUUAACGGGGAAAUUGCGUGAUCCCCGGGAAGGGAUUCAAUCAACCAGGAGAGGAGAUCAUCACAAUACACCUGCCGCUGGGUCUGCUGGGAAAGAAGGGAAGAAGAAGAAGAGAAAAAACACGACUAAAGAGAAAAACAAACCCAUCUAUGAGCAAAAGAAAAGAGGACAUCCAAGCACCCCUUCCCAUUCCGAUGACUCGGAGAAACCCCAGACGCAGCAAUCAACCAACACAGAGCAGAGCAGUGACCUGAUCUAUGGCAAAGGCCAAGCCAAAGAGAGGAGUGCAAGGAAAUGCCGUAAAGGCAAAUCAACCCAGCCGGCUGUGGAGGAACCCCCAGCUCCAGAUAAAGAGGAUAAAACUGAUGUGAGCAGCCAAACACAGGAGAGCCUGAGAUGGGAAGGGGUUCUGGAUGAUCCAGUUGCUGAAGCAGAACGGCUGGAGGUCUACAAAGCUAACCGGCGUAAACGCUACAUGGCAUUCAAACAGACACUAUUAGAAAAUACCAAGGUGGCGUUGAGUUCUGAGUCAGAUGGGAAUAAACUGGGUAGAACAUGCAAGGCUGGUUCAGCAACCAUUAUGUAGAGAUCCGUUGUGGUGUCAUUUGUUAUGUUUUCUUACAUUUUUUUCAAUAUAGCAGCACAUACAUACAAUAUACACCGAUCAAGCAUAACAUUAUGAGCACUGACAGGUGAAGUGAAUAACACUGAUGAUUUCCUCAUCAUGGCACCUGUUAGUGGGUGGGAUAUAUUAGAUAGAAAGUGAACAUUUUGUCCUCAAAGUUGAUGUGUUAGAAGCAGGAAAAAUGGGCAAGCGUAAGGAUUUGAGCGAGUUUGACGAAGGGCCAAUUCGUGAUGUCUAGACGACUGGAUCAGAGCAUCUCCAAAACUGCAGCUCUUGUGGGGUGUUCCCAGUCUGCAGUGGUCAGUAUCUAUCAAAAGGGGUCCAAGAAAGGAACAGUGGUGAACUGGCGACAGGGUCAUGGGUGGGCAAGGCUCAUUGAUGCACGUAGGGAGCGAAGGCUGGCCCAUGUGAUCCGAUCCAACAGACGAGCUACUGUUGCUCAGACUGCUGAAGACGUUAAUGCUGAAGACGUUAAUGCUGGUUCUGAUAGAAAGGUGUCAGAAUACACAGUGCAUGAUAGGUCUGAUAGGUGAUUGCCAGCAAAAGGGAGACCAAUAUAAUAUUAGGCAGGUGGUCAUAAUGUUAUGCCAGGUCAGUGUGUAUUCUUUUUUUCUGAAAUACCAUUAAUGUAAUGUAUUCAUUGUUUCAAACUGCCUGCCAUUUAGCUAUGCCAUUAUGCUCCUCAAAAAAAAAAAAAAAAAAAACGGAGAAAGAAGAGACGUUCGUCGAGAUGCUUUUAUCUUCUCAUUCUCUGCAACGUUCUCAGAGCAGUCACAUGACUCUACACACAUUUACAUUACAUCCAGUAACCAAGCGCCAAAGGAUCAAAAUUAGACAUGCUGAUUAAUUUUGGUAAGAGGUGUUCUGAUAUAGAUAUUCUCUCUCCCCAGUCCAUCACAGUCAUAUAUAUAUAAUGUACCAGAGGGUAGAUAGCGCUUUACUCCAGGUGUGUUACAUUAGCAGUGCAGCUGCUUCACAUGCCUCAGAGAAAUCCUUCACAUUCCCUGGUUAGUAGCUGAUAGAGCUGGGUUCUGGAAGGAAUUUGCCAAACUGGAGAGAAAAAUGGGGGAAAAGCUAUUUUUGCAUACUAAUGGUCCUUGGCUAUCCUGAAAGAUCCACCAAGAGUUCUUUUCCCAUUUGGGAAAUGCACUGGAACUUAAUACAUUGUUGAAAAUGUACCUCAAA